GAGUCUUGGUUUUCGCGUUGCGCCGCAGUCAUUGCAUUGUUUUUCAGGUCGCGUACGGCCUUGUGAGGUGGAAUGGCUCUCGAGGAGGAUUCAGCGGGCGGCCGCUGCAGAGGGGUUGCCGUCACCCCGGGAUGCCUGUAGGAGGGAGGUCCAAGGGUCCUCACUGUUUCGGUGCCUUCGUUUUCCUCCGUCACAGUCGCGGUGCCUUUGGAAAGCAUGAGCUCGGCCGGGCACUCCGCUUUCGAGAAGCAGCAUCUCUGGAUGUACCUGCAGGCGCUGGGUUUAGAUUCGAGCUCCAGCAUCGCGUUCGGCGGGAAGACGGUGCCGCACGCGCACCUCGGAGUGAACAUGUUUGACAAACUGAACCGUGAUGCCUUUUAUGUAGUUUCUUAUUUUUUGUUUAAAACAUUGGAUGAGUCUCUUGCCAAAGAAGUUUUCAGAGAUUGCUGGCCUCCAUUUGACCAAAAACAUGACAUGGAAUUCCGGAAACAUUGUUGUGAAUGGUUAAAAGAGAUUUCUGCUGAAUGUGGGAGUAGUUUUCCUCAAGUUGUUGGCUCCUUGCUUAUGUCUCCUGGUGGUCCUAAGUUUAUUCAUCUAAUGUAUCAUUUUGCAAGAUAUGUUGCAAUCAAAUAUAUUAAAACAAAAUCUAGCAAUUCUCUACAUUUUGCAGAAACAUUUAAUGCAAAGCCACAAGAUAUGCACAAGUGCCUUGCCAGAUGCCAUGUAGCACGUAACAGAUUUUUACAGAUUUUGCAAAGAGAACAUUAUGUUACCCAAAAAUACCAGGAUAAUGCACAUCUGUGUGUUAAGCAAGUACGAAAUGCAAGAUCAGAAUGCAUGGGUCUACAGAACCAAAUUAAAAGAUUGGAGCCCUGUGAUGACAAGAGUAAUAUACAAGAGAAGAUUCAAAAGGUUCGGUCUUUGUGGGCUUCAGUGAAUGAGACACUCACGGUUGUGGAAAAGGAGAGAGAAGUUGUUAGUUCACUCUUCAGUUUUGUCAACCAGUAUGCUUUGGAUGGAGCUAAUAUUGCUGUUAAUAUUCCAAGGCUCUUACUUGACAGACUUGAGGAGCAAAUACAUCAGUUGCAGAUAGGAAAUGUGUAUGAGGCUGGAAAAUUGAACCUCUUAACAAUUAUUCAGUUGUUAAAUGAAGUCUUGAAAGUAAUGAAAUAUGAACAUCGUAAGGCUGGCCAAGCAAGAUUGACAAUAGACCUCCACUACCUUGAAAAAGAAACCAAAUUUCAGAGGGAAAGAUUAUCAGAUAUGAAACAUAUGAGGCAUAAAAUAAAAGAGACCAUUACUGCAAUAAGACAGUCUACUGUUGAAAAGGAAGGAAAGUGGUAUAUGAAGUGGAAAGGCUUUCUUGGUGUGUCUCCUUUCAGUCUAAUUAAAGGCGGGCCUGAAGCUGUGGAUCUUUUGCCUCCCAUGUCUCCUCUUUCGUUUGAUCCUGUGUCAGAGGAAGUAUAUGCAGAGAGUAUACUUUUUAAGUAUCCUGCUUCACUUCCAGAUUCACAGAAAGAACCUAAACAAGAAAAUGGUAAUAGAAGAGAAGUGGAUCCCCCAGGAAGUAUGUGUGAUGGAGCCAACAGCCCUGUGCCUUUUCCCUUACAGUGUGCUUCAACCUUGGAUACAAACAGUUUCACACUCCUUGAGAAGGAUCCAAAUAUGAGGACUCCCAAAGAGGAAAACAUGACUUACAAGAAAAUUGCAGACUCUAAAGUGGAAGACUUUCCUUUACUGGAUAGUGCAAAGAAUGCACAGAAUCGUGUUUCUCGAGGGUUUCUGCCAGUGGAGAAGAGUGAUCCAUUCCAGAAAGAGCAAGAUCGCCUGGUAGACGAGGUUGCCAGAGUCGUUCUGUGUGAUUCACCACAGCUCUCUGAGGGAAAAGAAGUCAAAUUGGAGGAGCUAAUUGACACUUUAAUUUCUAAUCCCUUUUUAACGAGGAAACAAAUUCCCCGGACUCCAGAAAACUUGAUAACUGAUAUUAGGAGCUCAUGGAGAAAAGCUAUCCAAACUGAAGAUAACAGAAGUUCAGUGGAUGCCAAAGCAAAAGAAGUAUCGUCAGAGUCUUCAUCUAUACUGCAUAAUCAGAGGGAAUUUAGCCUGGCUAUUUUUUCCCCAGAUCUUGAGCGGUCUUACUUGCCUGAAGAGAAAGCUGUUCCAGAUCAGCUUAAAGGUGUACCUCAGAAACAUUUGGUAACACGUCAGAUCAGUGCAUCUCCAACAGAAGAUGUGUCAGACUUGAUAAAUAAGAAAACGAUUUGUAAGCAAGAUAUAGAAAGUUCAGCCACCAGGCUUUCAGAAACUAGACAGAUGGAGGCAUUCUCUCCUCUUGUGGGCAGUGAAAUAGAUGUGAUGGGUAGAAGUAAAGAGGACAGUGUUCCAGUACUGGACCACUUACAAGCUUCUUACAGUGAACCUUCCACACAUAAAACUCUGUUAUGGAAUUCUUUUCAGAGGUUGAGUGGCAUUGGCAUAUUACAUGAAACUCUUCCAGAAGAAGUUGGCGACCUAAGUCUUAAUAGUUCUACUAGUUCAGAGACCACUUUUAAAUUGGAACCAAAGAGUUAUGUGCAUAGUGAUGCUUUUCCAGAUGAUGUGGGGAAAAGACAAGCUGUUCCAGAAUUAGAUUCCAAUUUACGGGCUCUUCUCACUAGUUAUGAGGCUCAGAAGAAACUUAGCAAAAUUGGGAAAGGCUCUCACCUGUCCAAGACACUUGAGCAACACAAAGUAGAAUUGAACCCUGUAGCCCAAGAUGUGCAAGCAGAUGAUACACACUCUGUUUUGGACACUCAGGAUAUGUUUAUUGACUGCACAAAGCCAUCUUCCCACAUGUCCCUUGAUGAAAGAACACAGACUGUAUCACCUCUAACUAAGGCUUUUCUGAUGGAGCAAAAAUUGAGGACCAUAUUACCAUGUAGGCUUGGGGAAUUUCUGCCUCAUUUAAAAGAAGAAGAAAUCUCAAGUAAAAGCCUCGAAGCAAGAGACUCUCUGAUUUGUCAAGAUGAAGCAUUUUCCAGUUGAUUUAGCCAUGAUGCACUUACCCUGAAGCCUUGUCACUAACAGCAGCUGAUGUGCACACAUUGGAAGUCAAUUCUCUUUCCAGCAUCAAAGGAGUUCUGAAUGUACUUUUGGCUUCUUAUAAUGUUUAGGUUUUUUUUUUUUUUUUUUUUUUGGUAAAUAUUAUGAAUUAGAAAUAUGAAGUAUUUAAGAACAGAAAGUGUCAAAUUUUAGAAAACAGUUUUGAUUCCUAGAAUAAUCUUAUGAGUAAAUGACAAAUAUCAGUUAUGUUAAAAAUAUCAGUCAUUAACAUAAGGGUGAGUGCUAAUCUAAUAGCCACUGAAAAACUGUAUCUUUCAUUUUAGAGAAAUAAAACCAUUUUAUUGGAUCUUGAUGGAAUAUUCUGGUACUAAUACAAAAUGAACAAAGUGUACCUUUACCUUUGGAUGUGUAACCAAAGCAGCACACCUUAAUGUCUGUAAACUUGUAAACAGGUUUAAUGAAUUCUGAGUGUAUUGGUCCUGCGGAGUGAUGUCGAUGGGAUAGAACCAUGUGGUUUGUGAGGACGAGAUGGAGUGAAUUGAGGAAAUGGGAAAGGUAGAGAUGACCAGGCAUUUAAAGAACACUGUCAACUACUCUGUGUACUUUAGACUGAGAAUUUAAUUCUUUUUAUGUUUAACAAGAAUAUAAAUGCAAAGUUUACAAAAUUGUUUAAGAAUUGUGGGUGGUAUGGUAGGUAUUGUUUUGGGAAAAGCAACAAAUUUUUUGAAAAACAUUAAAGUUCCCUAGUACUUUCAGAAUAUUCCAGAGUAAUGUGAGAAAACUGAACAUGGAUUUAAGUAACUAGUAAUUUUUUGCUUUAUUGUCAGGGGUCUUGUUUGUAUCAUCCAAGGAAUAAAUACAUGUGCCUGAAUAAGCCUGACUAGAAGAGGCUCUAACAUGUUGAUUUAUUAUCUCCUUCUAUUCUGUGUAAAGCCUCAGUUUGUAACUAUCAAAAUCUUGCCCCCAAGUCUUAAGAAAAUGAGAGAACAGAAAGGUAGAUGGGCUGAGUGUCAGAAGGACUGUCUAAAAGCUGCUUGACAGAAAGGAAAGAGGACAGGGUUCUGGGUUCCUUCAUGAGUGCUGCAGAGCAGGAACUGCUCAGGUGUACUGGGAAAUCACUUGUUGUUUACUUUACCAGCAGCCUAGUGUCUAAAUUCUAAGUAGCAUGGUAGGGAAGAGGAAGGACUAUCCAAGGGCCUCGGUCAUGCCAGAGCCAGAGCUCAGUGUUUCAUAUGCAUGAUUGCAUUAACCUUUGUAAUUGAGAUAGGAGGCAUACCUAGUCUGCAGAUCCGGGAGCUAGAGAUGAAGUGGCUGGAGAGGGAUGCAGGGACCAACUGUAUUAGGACCAUCUGAGAUGACUGUUAAAAAUGUUCAUUUAGAGAGGGUCUAGAAAUCUCAUCUCAAAUACACUUCCAUUGUAACUCCCAAGCUCUGCAGUUUGCUGCCAAGAGGUUGAUAUUCAUAUUUAGUUCCUAGGUACCUUUAAGAAGUGGCACACUUUUGUAUGUAUAUUGCUCUUGAUCCCUUAAUUCUGAGAGUGGAAAGAUCUGGGUAUUUUGGGUUUGUAAGAGUCACUAAAAUUUACCUGUGGUCAGCUGAGCAUUCCUGAAAUGAUUAUUCCUUAUUUCGGUACCGUGAACAAAUCUCCAAUCUGUCACUUCUCCAAAACUGAAUAUAACUUGAUGCUUUCAGUGCCUUCCUUCAGCAUCUCCUGCAGUUCCCUUUGUCCUUGCUUAAAAGCCCCUGAUGGUUCAUUGUAAUUAUAGAGCAGGGUUUUGGUUUAAAGACAGCUCCCCUCCUUAGAACCCCUGCCCACCCCAGAAUCUUUCACACUGCUUACCUUGUCCCUCUAGCUCACCCCGGUUCUUGUUACUUUGAUACUCUAAUAACCUUUAAUUAUACCAGUUAGGAUUUUUUAAAUUUUUUUAUUUAUUUUCAUGUGUAGGAUUUAAAUUUUUUUAAUUUAUUUUCACAUGUGUAGAUGUUUGCCAACAUGUCUGUGUACCUCUUUGGUGCCUGGUGCUCCCUCAGGAGGGAGUCAGAUCCUCUGGAACUGGAGUUACAGACUGGCGUUAGCUUCUGCAGAGGUGCUAGGACUUGAUCCUGGGUCACAGGACAAGCAGCCACUGAGGUGUGGUGUCUCUCCAUCCAGUUAGAAUUCCUUUAAAAUUCAGAAUAGCACUUUAACCCUUUAAUUAAACACCUUUGAUCCCAGCACUUGGAGAGGCAGGCAGAUCUCAGUCUAGUCUACAAAGUCAGUUCCAGGACAGCCAGGGCUACAUAGUGAGACCCUGUCUGUAAAACAAAAACUGAAGGCUCAGACAAAUCACAUUUUCUACCUUGAUGUCUUAAUUUGCCCUCCCUAGAUCCAUGGUCUUAAAUCCUUUCUGAAGUAUAUAGUAUAACUGUUUUGUGGGGUGGGGAGAAGUGGGGUAGGUGGGGAUCUUGCUAUUUUUGUCCAGGUUAGCUUCAGCUCACAGCAGUCUUCUGACUUAAUCUCUCAAGAGCUGGAACUACAGAUGUUUAUCUAGCUUUUACUUAAUGUCUCUAUUAGUCAUCUCCCCCUAUUGGCUGUGAUUUCUGAUCCCAGCUGUAUACAUACCUUCUUACCUAUGUAGAUGUCUCUGGGAUUCGCUUGUUGCUGAGCAUGAAAAAUGUUACCAAGUAACAUAAAGAAUAAAGUUAACAUUUGGGGGGCAGGGAUUAAGCUUAACAAAAUACUAAACAGACAUUUUGAAACCCUUACAAUAUUUUUCUUAGUUAUAAGGUAUCAUACCAAUUUUAUCUAAAGUGUAAACAGGAAUUCUUGACACCUGUAUAAAAGCAAAUUAUUUUUUUCCCUAGUGUACUAAAAUAAAAUAUGUUCUAAACAUUUUGUUUGAUGUGUGAAGACAGUAUAAAGAUCAGAUGCCUGGUUGCUCUAAAGAGCACCCGCCUUUUUAUGCACCGAGAGCUGGUGAAUUCAUGCUCUUAAGUGGAAAAUGCCUGUUCUAAGGAUUCUUUAUAAAUGUAUUCUACAUACUGCUGUCUAGAAUAAAUACUCAGUGUUUCACCA